AAAAAUGGCAUCCCAUGAGCAGAGCUACAGAGCAGGAAAAGCUGAAGGCCGAGCUCGAGAAAGGGGCGAGCAGAUGAAGGACAAGGCUGAAGCUGCCAAGCAAAAGACUUUUGAGGCAACUCAAGAAGCCAAGGACAAGACUUACCAGACAGGCCAGGCUGCUAAAGAGAGUGCGGAAUCGGCCAAGGAGAAAACUGGUGGAAUCCUACAACAGACUGGGGAGACGGUGAUGAACAAGGCGCAAGGGGCUGCUGUUGCUGUCAAGCACACCUUCGGAAUGGCUGAUGCUGAUGAGGAUGAGGAUAAUUAUCCUUAUAGAAGGGAUACUAGUAAUUACUAGCUAGCUAGGAUUCAUUCCCAUAUUAAAAACUUGGUUAUCAUGUAGCCUCUUCUCUUCUUGUUUGUAGUGGCGUUUCGUCUUCUUUUUUCACUACUGUCAUACAUGGUUACAAGUAAGAAAUGAAUGUUGGUCGUUGCAUAUGGUUUUGUUUUGUGUCAUUGAGGGGAUGGGAUUUGUAAUUCUA